AUUCCUCCCUCAACUUGGCGUUGCGUUUUAUGUGUCCUUUGAAGUUCUAUUAUGCUGCAUUUAACGGUAUUUUAACCCUUUCUUUACGUGGCUAUUCUCACUAAUUUCCAACAAUUAUGGCUUUGCACCUCAAGGUAACUCUACUUCAAUGGCGUCUCCUACAUACCCGUUAUUCAUUUCUGCCUUAUUCACUCACCUCUCUCAGCUCCACCUUUCCAAGGUUCAGAUUUGUAGCUGAAUCAUUUGAUGCUACUUCGACUUAUACCCAUCAAUUUGUAUAUGGAGUUUCUCACCCCACAUUAAUCUAUUUCCAAGCAGCUAGAUCAUAUGCUCGAGGUGAUAGAAAGCAAUAUGAUCUUUUUGGUCAAGGAGCACCAGGGAGUAAAGAAUUUAGGAAGGCAUGGACAAGGCAGCUAGAUGAAGAGGACAGCCUGUGGACGGGUAGUGAAGAUGAGAGUGAUUCGGAGAAGAAAUUAAGCCCUCUAGAGAAAGAAAUUAGGAAAGUCAAACAGAAAGCGAAGGACCACUCAGAUCGUAUAGAUGCCGAUGAUAGUGAUGAGCUUUGGAGUGUAUGGUCAGGGAGUGAUGAGGAGAAGAAUCUUUGGACAGGCAGUGAAGAAGAUGAUGACGAUGAUAUUCCUACUGAACCUUAUCCGAAUGAGAAGAGUGACACGUAUAUAGAUAAGCUAUUCGAGUUUGAAGAGGCACCUAAAUAUAGAACUCUCUCAGAGCUACUGAAAGCUGAAGAUGAACCAGAAGAGUUGUCCCCUGGAAAGAAAGCACGGAAACUUGCUGUUGAAAAUGCCCUAAAGAAGUUGAAAAAAGGGCCAGAUGGAAGGUACUCUAAUGUUUGGGAAGUAAUGAGUGACUUAGAUAUUCUCAUUGGUGCAUUUGAAAAUAUUGUUUCGGGGCCAGAGUAUGCUGAGCUUAGGCAGGGGGGUCCAAAGCAACUAAACAUGCAGUUUUUCAAGGACAUUCAAGCAAAAAUGAGGGAUCCCAACUACAAGUUCUCUCCAGAGAUCAAAUUAAAGCCAAAGAGCAAACUUGUCCUCAAGAAAAAAUGGCAAAAGGCACAGUCUAGACGGCGGAAAGAUCAAAAGCGGUAAUUGUUAUAAUAAUAUUCAGUUAGCUUAGAAAUACUUGUAGUGUACUUUUGUCUCCCUUACCUAGUCAUACUUGCCAAUGAUCAUUUGUAACAUUAUUACGGUUGUGUGGAGUAUGUGCUAUGGUUGAGCCGUAUCGCAGCUAGCUUAAUGGAAUUGGGACAUGCUGUUUUGGCUUCUGAAGACUA